CACACGAGCAGAGAAGCAGCCACAGCAGAAGCGUGAGGAGGAAUGCGUCUGCAGAGCCAGGACUAAUAAUGAUGAAAUAAUCUCAUGUGUGCGGAGUAACUGAACCGAUCGCGGCUCGUCGAGGAACAGAUCGCUCUUCUGUAGCGGCUUUUGGAGCUCCGAUCCGAAAACAAAGGCGGAAACAUGGCAAACGACGAGACGCUGCGCUCGUUGAUGUUUACGCUCAGUUACGUGCUGUUGAAGCGGCGGCGUGACGUCACCAGCGCAGACGCGCAGCGCAGACGCGAGGUUCAGCGGCGCGUCGCGCACAGACAGUAUUUUCACCAGAGGCAUAAGAGGAUGAUCAUGAUGAUGAUCGCUCAGACGUCUCGUCCGGUCAGCGGUCCACCGGCGCGCCCCACACGGGUCUGGAGCAGCAUCGAGAGCACCGAUUGGUGGGAGCGUGUGGUCAUGCGGGAGUUCCAGCCCUCUGAUUGGCUGGAGAAGUUCCGCAUGACUAAAGAGACGUUCUUCCUGCUGUGUGGGAAGCUGAAGCCGCGUCUGAGCCGUCAGGACACUCGUCUGCGUCCGGCGCUGCCGCUGGAGAAGCGUGUGGCCGUGGCUCUGUGGCGUCUGGCCUCUAACGUGGAGUACCGCACCAUCAGCGCUCUGUUCGGCGUGGGACGCUCCACCGUCUGCAAGUGUGUGAGAGACGUGUGUCACGCCAUCGUGCUGCUGCUGCGACCGCUGUACCUGCGACCCCCGAGCGAGCAGGAGCUGGAGGACGCCGCCAGACUCUUCUCCACCCGCUGGGGCUUCCCUCACUGCGUGGGAGCGGUCGGCAGCCUCCACGUGCCCAUCAUCGCACCGUCCAGCAACACCGACAACUACUGGAACAGCCGCGGCUGGCUGUUGGUGGUCACGCAGGGCGCGGUGAACGGUCUGGGGCAGUUCUGGGACGUGUGCGCUGGGUUCCCGGGCAGCACCGAGCACUCGGCCAUCCUGCAGAACUCCACGCUGUGGGCGCGCGGCUGCGACGGCUUCCUGCUGCACGAGCCACCGCUGGACUUCAUGGGCCGGCCGCUGGGCUUCCUGAUGCUGGGAGACGCCGGAUACCCGCUGAAGAGCUGGCUGCUGAAGAGCUUCCCCGAGUCCAGCGAGCUCUCCGCCGGUCAGAGGGCUUUCAACCGUAAGCUGGAGCGGGCGCGCGGCGUGGUGGACGAGGCCUUCCUGCGGCUCCGAGCGCGCUGGCAGUGUCUGCUGAAGAGGAACGACUGCCGCAUGGACGUGGUGCCCACCAUGAUCCUGGCCUGCUGCGUGCUGCACAACGUGUGCGAGGUGCACGGAGACGAGUUCAUCGAGCGCUGGGAGGAGGCUGUGAGGACCGAGGAGAGUCCACAGCCCGCAGACGAGGUGUCGCCCGCCACAGACGACCGCGACGGAGAGGAAGUCCGAGCUCUGUUCUGUCAGUACUUCCUGCAGCAGGAGACGCAGCAGCGGACGCUGACCUGAUGAGCGUGACUCGUGCACAAACACAGAAGCUCGUCUGUUCGCUUCACUCACUCUUAGAAACGUCUGAAUGUUAGAUGCAGAACAUCCCAGUCGUGUGUGUCGUGUUGAUGAAGUCCGUCAGUAGUGUGUCAGUCCUGGAGUCCAGUCUCUCUCUCUUUCAUCAGAGCUGAAAUGAGAGCAUCAGACAGAGAUGUGACAGAUGACGGAGUUAGUGGAGGAUGGAGCUGAUCUGUGUGAAACUGAGCAGAACUGACUUUAUUCCUGCAGUGAAAAUCAUCAGCUGAUUCAAACACAGUGAAGAGAUCCUGAAGAUCCAUGAAGACUGUGAACAGCACAUCAUUAUACAGUAUAAGUGCUUUAUAAGCUAUAAUCAUAUAAUCACAUUCAAGAAUAUGUGUAUCAUUAUGAUCAUAUUCUGUUAUGUUUGUACAGUAACAUGUCUUGUUUUUGUUCAUACAAUAAAAGUCAACGGGCUGCA